GCCCACUGGACCGUAGGCGGAAGAACUACAACUCCUAGCAGCCAUUGCGCGUUCACGCUGCGCAAGCACAUUCGUACCAGGAUGCAAGCCUUUCGCUGCAUUCACUGUCGGAACUACACUUCCCGGCUCUCCAGUGGCAGCCCGUGACACUCCUUGGACCCCAAGCGCAGAGCCGGGUUUCAACAGCUGCGCCUCUCCUGACCGAACCCGGCCCUGGACCUGGCCUCACACUCGAACACAGCUCCACCAUGGAGGAGGCGGACCGAAUCCUCAUCCACUCCCUGCGCCAGGCCGGCACGGCAGUUCCUCCAGAAGUGCAGACCCUGCGAGCCUUCACUACUGAGCUGGUUGUAGAAGCUGUUGUCCGCUGCCUUCGUGUGAUCAACCCUGCUUUGGGCUCUGGCCUCAGUCCCCUGCUGCCUCUUGCCAUGUCCGCCCGUUUCCGCCUGGCCAUGAGUCUGGCUCAGGCCUGCAUGGACCUAGGCUAUCCUUUGGAGCUUGGCUAUCAGAACUUCCUCUACCCCAGUGAGCCUGACCUCCGGGACCUGCUUCUCUUUUUGGCUGAGCGUCUGCCCACUGAUGCCUCUGAGGAUGCAGACCAGCCUUCAGGUGACUCAGCUAUCCUUCUCCAAUCCAUCGGGAGCCAAAUCCGGGACCAGCUGGCCCUGCCCUGGGUUCCACCCCUCCUUCGCUCUCCCAAGCUGCAGCACCUCCAGGGCUCAGCCCCCAAGAAACCUUUCCAUGCCAGCAGGCUGGUCAUGCCUGAGUUGAGUUCCAGAGGAGAGUCCCGGGAAUUCCAGGCAAGUCCCCUGUUACUACCAGCCCCCACCCAAGUGCCCCAGCCUGCUGAGAGGGUGGCCUCGCUCCUUGAAUGCCAUGCUAUCCAGCUCUGCCAACACAUGGGCCGGGACCACCCUGGGGACAAGGACUGGGUCCACUGGGCAUCCCGCCUUCCCACCCAGGAGGAUACACGGGCUCAGCGGCAGCGGCUGCAGAAGCACCUGGCUGAGCAUCUUCGCCAAACCUGGGGUCAGCUGGGCCCACCCCCACAAGCCCGAGACCUGGGAGAGUUGCUGCAGGCCUGGGGUGCUGGGGCCAGGACUGGUGCUCCCAAGGGCUCCCGCUUCACGCAUUCGGAGAAGUUCACUUUUCAUCUGGAGCCUGAGGCCCAGGCAGCCCAGGUGUCAGAUGUGUUGGCCACCUCCCGGCGGCCUGAACAGGACACAUGGGCAGCUCAAGAACAAGAGCUGGAGGCCCUUCGGGAGCAGCUGGAGAGAGUGAACCACAACAUUGAAGAGGCUGAAGCCAACAUGAAGACGCUGGGAAUUGGCCUUGUGCAGGUAGAGACUGAAUGUCGGCAGAAUGAGCUCAGCAUGGCGGAGCGGGAGCAGGCCCUGCGCCUGAAGAGCCGGGCGGUGGAGCUGCUGCCCGAUGGGGCUGCCAACCUUGUCAAGCUGCAGCUCGUGGUAGAGAGUAGUGCCCAACGGGUCAUCCACUUGGCGGGCCAGUGGGAAAAGCACCGGGUCCCACUCCUUGCUGAGUACCGUCACCUCCGAAAGCUCCAAGAUUGCAGAGAGCUGGAAUCUUCUCGACGGCUGGUAGAGAUCCAAGAGCUACACCAGAAUGUUCGGGCAGCUGCUGAGGAGGCCCGCAGGAAGGAGGAGAUCUAUAAGCAGCUGGUGUCUGAGCUGGAGACCCUGCCCAGAGAUGUAUCCCGGCUGGCCUAUACCCAGCGCAUCCUGGAGAUUGUGGGCAACAUCCGGAAGCAGAAGGAAGAGAUCACUAAGAUCUUGUCUGACACGAAGGAGCUUCAGAAGGAAAUCAACUCCCUAUCUGGGAAGCUGGACCGGACAUUUGCAGUGACUGAUGAGCUUGUGUUUAAGGAUGCCAAGAAGGAUGAUGCUGUUCGGAAAGCCUACAAGUAUCUAGCUGCCUUGCAUGAGAACUGCAGCCAGCUCAUCCAGACCAUUGAGGACACAGGCACUAUCAUGCGAGAGGUGCGAGACCUUGAGGAGCAGAUCGAGACGGAGAUGGGCAAGAAGACCCUCAGCAACCUGGAGAAGAUCCGCGAGGACUACCGGGCCCUUCGCCAGGAGAACGCUGGCCUCCUGGGGCGGGUCCGUGAGGCCUGAGGGGCCACUGGCAGAGGUCUCCCCCACUCCAGGAUUCAGCAGGGAUUUGGGGUGUUGGAGGUGAUGGCCAAGUGCUUGUCCUAGCCAUUCCCUGUGUUUGCUGUCCAAUCCCUCUUGCUGUGGCGACUCCUGCCCACCUGACCCCAACCCUUAUCUGAGGUGAUUGUCCAGAGUGUGAGAACUUGGCUGCAGUUUAUUGGGGAGGGCACUGGGGGUUGAGCCUUGGAUCCAAAAUAAAUGAGGGGCUCUGUCUGCA